GGGGGUUUCUAGUUGCUUGUUUUGCACCUGUUGCUGUAUGAUAUUCGCGACCAAGUGAAAAGAUACUUCGGAGUGAAUUUAUACACUUCUGUUUUUGCGAUAGCCUGCCUGAAUUAAAACGCUCUCUUAAUUGAUCAUAAAAAGCUGAUCUACCGUUGAGGUAAGCCUGCCCAGGUUACCGGCUGAACAAGGAAGCGUUGACACUGUCAACUCCACAGUGAUAAGGAAGCCAUACUUCCUAUGGCACCUGUGUCACAUUUAACGCAUGCAGUUUAAUCUGGUUAACUGAACAAAUAUGUAAUUUUAGGGACAAUAUAUCUCAUCAUAUUUACUUAUGUUUUGGUUAGGUGAGAGAUCAACAAAGUUUGAUUGGAAGUAUCUAAAUAGAAAGCAAAUGUUUUUUUCCAUUCGGAUUGAGCGCACGGUAAUAAAACAAAGGCGUCGCUGCAGUCGAGAAAGCUGAAGUGUCAACGAAAACAUACGGAAUUCAGAUUGAAGUGUAUUCGCUAAAUUCGAAGAUGAAUAUGUCAUCAGAGGAGAUCGCGUUGGUGCACUCCGAAUUGGCUGAGGAUUCGACAGGCCGACUGCAGUUAUUCAACAGGAGCGCAGCGCAGAAUAUGACAGUGCUGCACUCAGGAAACAAAACCCUAUUGGGAGACGAGCUCUUCUUAAACACCACGGCUGCACAGGCUCUGUCCGGCAUCUUCGUCUGGUCCGCCCUCCUCAUCACCUGCCACCAGAUCUACGUCCACCUGCGGUCCUACACGGUCCCAAACGAGCAGCGUUACAUCAUCAGGAUCCUGUUCAUCGUGCCCAUCUACGCCUUUGACUCCUGGCUCAGCCUGCUCUUCAUCAGCAACGAUCAGUACUACGUGUACUUCGACUCCGUACGGGACUGCUACGAAGCAUUCGUCAUUUACAACUUCCUGAGCCUGUCCUUCGAAUACCUCGGAGGAGAGAGCAACAUCAUGUCCGAAAUCCGGGGCAAGCCCAUUCAGUCAAGCUGUCUGUAUGGUACCUGCUGUUUGGCUGGCUGCAGCUACUCUAUUGGCUUUCUGCGAUUCUGUAAACAGGCCACUCUUCAGUUCUGUGUGGUUAAACCCCUCAUGGCUGUCAUCACCAUCCUCUUACAGGCUUUUGGAAAGUACCACGAUGGAGACUUUAAUCCCACGGGCGGAUACCUCUACAUCACAAUCGUCUACAACUUCUCCGUCAGCCUGUCCCUGUACGCACUCUUCCUCUUCUACUUCGCCACCAGCGACCUGCUGAGGCCCUUCGAACCCGUGCUCAAAUUCCUCACCAUCAAAUCCGUCAUCUUCCUCUCCUUCUGGCAAGGCAUGGUUCUGGCCAUCCUGGAGCGCUGUGAGGUCAUCCCGGAGGCCCUGGUCAUCGACGGGCACGAGGUGGGGGCCGGCACGGUGGCGGCCGGGUGGCAGAACUUCAUCACCUGCAUCGAGAUGUUCUUCGCCGCCAUCGCCCUCAGAUAUGCCUUCACCUGCACGGUGUACCAGGAGAAGAAGGCAGAGACGCCAGACAACAACGCCCCAAUGCAGAGCAUCUCCAGCGGACUGAAGGAGACGAUAAACCCCAACGACAUGGUUCAGGACGCCAUACACAACUUCUCCCCCACCUACCAGCAGUACACGCAGCAGUCCACGCAGGAAGUGGCCCAGCCCGGCCAGAACGGCACCGUGGGGUUCGUAGGCGGCGGCGGCAAAAAGAACGACAAAAUCAUGCUCAUCACCUCCGACGACGAGUUCUAAGGACGGCCGGGACGGUCUACGAUCGAAGUCAGUUCUCAAGGGGACGCCUCUCGUCGGCACCUCCGUUCUGGAAUUCGACCCGUUUUUUUUUAUAUCUAUCUUGGGCCUUUAUCAAUCAACAUCCUUUUCAGCCAACCGUCUUUUAGCAUUCAGUCGCCACCAGUUUUUGAGUAAGGUCUGAAAAACGGAAACGUUAGCCUAUAUUCUUUUCUCAAGGGUAGGAACGCAGAGUGCAGUGUGGUCGGAGUUGUUGUUCGUCCUUCAGUUUUUUGCUUGUGAUAUCUGCUAAUGGGGGUUAGCACCAAAUGCCGGGGAGCUAUGAACCGUUUGGCUAUUACUAUAGAAAGGAUAAAUCGGUCCUUCUUUCUCGUCAGUUUUUCCCUUCUGAUAUAUUCCGAAUCAUGGCUGAAAUUCAGGUAAAUAAAUACACAAGUAACAGAGACUGAGCCUUUGAUGUUGGGAAUCGGGAAUACCUUUGGGGGUAAAAAUAUUACGACGGCACGUCUUUCAGGGACCCCCUGAUGAACAGCUGUUCCCAAAGACCAGGCACUAAAAGUGAACAUGAUGGGGCCUGAUGGCUGCCGUUGAGCUAAAACUUUCGCAGUUUUGUUUCUUCAUAGUGUUGAUUCCACAUUUACAUCCCCACACGAUGUUGGAAUUUAUGUAUUGUUUUACUGAAGUGUGUAUUGUGGGGACAUAGGGUGGUCUGAGAAACUUGCAAAGCAUCAAUAUUCAUAAUUACACAACAGUAUCAGUAUAUGGGUGAAGACCACAAGCUGAAUCUCUCAUAAAGACGUUAGAUAGUUUUUAUGACUAUACUACUGAAAAUAUGUCAUUAACGCUUUGUUGUGUAUUGACUAUAGUGCCCUUUCCUUGUUUAGCUGCUGUCCUGAUUUCUAAUUGGGAAAAUAAACCUAGUUUGCGUUUUAGCUUUAUUUACCUGAUGAUUUGGUCUAUUAAUUGGCAGUUUGAAAGACAAUUAUUGUUGUUGCGUUCUCACAGUGUUUCUUGUUUGUUAAUUUGUCAUUUCUUUACAUCUCACUGGUUCAUGGUUCAAGCACUAAGAAUGUACUGUAAAUUAAUGUAAAUAUGAAUUCACUUUCAUUUAAACUAAUGUAAAAUAUUGUAUAUAGGGGCUGCUCAGUGACUCAUUCCAAAUCAGCAUAUGCAGGACUGAUAAGAAACUUUCACUUUACCUGUGUUUUUAUACUAAAUAUAUUUAUGAGUUUUACUGUGUUGUGGAUGAAACGCUCAUCUAUAAGUGAACAGAUUCUCUUUUCUAUCAUUACGAUUAACCAUUUCGGCAAUCUGUUAUUUGUCUUAAGUUUCAUUUUUCCGGACAAAUUCUGAUUUCAAAUCCAAAUAAAGAUAUUUGUUUCCUUAA